GAAUGCUAACGGGCUUGGAAAAUAUAUUUUCAUAUUAAAUAGGCGAGAAAUUUGUGCUUGAAAAUAUCGCCCACUUGUGGAUUUGUGUGUGUUUACCAAGCUUGGCCAAAAAUAUGACGGCUACAUGAAUGUGUAGAGUGUUAACAAUCCAGAUUGUGGUCGAUUGUGUAAUAUACUUUGAGCUAGCAAAUUAUGCAAACAUUAAUCAUACGAUAGACAGACAUAACUGGAAGGACAAAUCAUUGCUAUUAACUCGUGUAACCGGCAACAAACAAUACCAGAGGCUGCCACACGGACACACGUGAUAAACCCGCAAGCGUACACCCCCUUCCCCCACCCCCACACUCGCCACCCACGCAGCUCCAACACAUUGCAAACAUGGGCGACAACAUAAUUGGCUCGGCGAGCUUCCUGCACUUGGGCGACAUUGUUUCGCUGUAUGCGGAGGGCAGUGUGUGCGGAUUCUUGAGCACACUCGGUCUCGUCGAUGAUCGCACAGUUGUUUGUCCCGAGGCGGGCGACUUGAGUUAUCCACCGAAAAAGUUUCGAGAUUGCCUAAUCAAAAUAUGUCCCAUGAAUCGCUACUCCGCUCAAAAGCAAUUUUGGAAGGCGGCCAAGCAAUCCGCAAGCUCAAAUACAGAUCCAACGCUGCUCAAGCGCUUGCACCAUGCCGCCGAGAUAGAGAAAAAACAAAAUGAGACGGAGAAUAAGAAACUGCUCGGGAACUCCAUACAAUAUGGACGGGUUGUGGUGCAGCUUCUGCACUUAAAAUCCAACAAAUACUUGACUGUCAACAAACGACUGCCCUCGCUGCUGGAGAAGAAUGCUAUGCGGGUGUAUCUGGAUGCCAAUGGCAACGAGGGCUCGUGGUUCUACAUUAAGCCAUUCUACAAGCUGCGCUCCAUAGGCGAUUAUGUGGUCGUUGGGGACAAAGUUAUACUCAGUCCGGUGAAUGCUGAGCAACAGAACUUGCAUGUGGCGGCCAACUAUGAGCUACCCGAUAAUCCAGGUUGCAAAGAGGUCAACGUACUUAACUCCUCGACGUCUAGCUGGAAGAUAUCGCUGUUCAUGGAGCACAAGGAAAAUCAGGAGCAUAUACUGAAGGGUGGUGACGUAGUGCGUUUAUUCCAUGCCGAGCAGGAGAAGUUCCUCACCAUGGACGAAUACAAGAAGCAAUACCAUGUCUUUCUACGCACCACGGGCCGAACAAGCGCAACAGCAGCUACGAGCAGCAAAGCGCUUUGGGAGAUUGAGGUUGUGCAGCACGAUUCGUGUCGAGGUGGUGCCGGUGAUUGGAAUUCGCUUUAUCGCUUUAAACACCUUGCCACUGGUCACUACUUGGCUGCCGAGGAGGAGACAGAUACUGGAGGAACUGUGGCUGCCAAUGCGCAUGAGCCUUUGCUAGCGGAUUGCUCCAAGGAUUCGGGCUUGGGCAUGAAUUCUCUCAGCUCCACCAUGAAUGUUUCUUCAGAAAAACAGAAGAGUAAACAAUAUCGCCUGGUCUCGGUGCCAUACUCUGCGGACAUUGCUUCGGUUUUUGUGCUAGAUGCCACAACAAUGGCGAGAGCCGACAGCCUAGUGCCUCAGUCGAGCUACGUCCGUCUGCAGCACAUAUGCUCUAAUACUUGGGUGCAUGCCACAUCCAUACCCAUCGACGCGGACGAUGACAAGCCGGUUAUGUCAAAGGUCUGCUGUUCUCCCCUCAAAGAGGAUAAGGAAGCGUUUGCGCUAAUACCCGUCUCGCCGGUGGAAGUGCGCGAUCUGGACUUUGCCAAUGAUGCCUGCAAAGUGCUGGCCACUGUGACAAGCAAACUGGACAAUGGCAGUAUAUCGAUCAAUGAACGUCGCGCACUAAUUUCACUCCUUCAGGACAUUGUUUACUUCAUAGCGGGCAUGGAGAAUGAACAGAAUAAGACUAAGGCACUCGAGUUUACCAUUAAGAACCCCAUACGGGAUCGUCAGAAGCUGCUUCGGGAGCAGUACAUACUAAAGCAAUUGUUUAAGAUACUGCAAGGUCCGUUCCAGGAACACACUGCGGGCGACGGUCCAUUUCUGCGAUUAGAUGAAUUGAGCGAUCCGAAAAACAGUCCCUACAAGAAUAUAUUUCGCUUGUGCUAUCGCAUUUUGCGUCUCUCCCAGCAAGACUACCGCAAAAACCAGGAAUAUAUAGCCAAACACUUCGGCUUGAUGCAGAAACAAAUAGGCUAUGAUAUAUUGGCAGAAGAUACCAUCACCGCACUGCUCCACAACAAUCGCAAACUUCUGGAGAAGCACAUAACUGCGGCUGAGAUAGAGACCUUUGUGGGUCUGGUGCGCAAGAACAUGCACAAUUGGGACUCACGCUUUCUCGACUACCUGUCAGAUUUGUGUGUUUCGAAUCGCAAGGCGAUUGCAGUCACUCAGGAACUUAUUUGCAAGAGCGUUUUGAGCGAUAAAAAUGCUGAUAUUUUGAUAGAUACGCAGAUAAAGGCACUGAAAGGCGGAGCUCUUGUACGUCCCUAUAAGGGCUUGGAUGACCAAAGUCUAGGCACCCUCACCGAAGUCGCUGGUGAUGAAGAUGACAAAUCGGAUGUACAAUCCACUUCGACCACCACCACUUGGGACAGCUCAAGUGUGACUGAUGAGGAAACCACCCUGGGAGAGAAAUACGAGAUACAUUUGCAAUGGAAGGACCAACCGAAUUCACGCUCCAUGGCCGAUCUGGCCGAUCGUGCGGCAGCUGGCUGUGAACAGGAAGCAGCCAUACUUAACUAUUAUAGGCAUCAACUUAAUUUGUUCUCCAACAUGUGCCUAAAUCGUCAGUACCUGGCACUCAACAUACUGUCGCCACAGUUGGAUAUUGAUCUGAUAUUAAAAUGCAUGUCUGAUGAAACAAUGCCGUAUGAGCUGCGCGCCUCCUUUUGUCGCCUGAUGUUGCACUUGCAUGUGGAUCGUGAUCCCCAGGAACCCGUAACGCCUGUCAAGUAUGCGCGUCUUUGGAGUGAGAUACCCUCAAAAAUGUCAAUUAUGGACUACGAUGGCAAGAAUCAGCAACCGGAUCAGAAUAAGCAGGCCUGUCGAGCCAAAUUUAAUACCACCAUUGCAUUUGUGGAAAACUAUUUGUGCAACGUGGCGACAAAAGUCUGGCUCUUCACGGAUCAGGAGCAAAUUAAACUUACAUUUGAGGUGGUCAAGUUGGCGAGAGACUUAAUAUACUUUGGAUUCUACAGCUUUAGUGAUCUCCUGCGUUUAACAAAGACGCUGCUCUCCAUACUGGACUGCGUAUCAGAGUCGGCGACGGGUGGUGCUUUUGUCAACACGGAUAUUGUCUCCGAGGGCGGUGUUUUGCGUUCCAUUGGCGAUAUGAACACUGUAAUGACGUCUCUCGCUCUAGGAUCCGUGGGUCAAACAAUUGCAGCGCCCAGCAUAUCGUUGCAGCAGCGCAAAUCGGUUUCCCAGCUACUGAAGGAAUACCCUCUGGUUAUGGACACCAAAUUGAAAAUAAUCGAAAUUCUACAAUUCAUACUUGACGUGCGUUUGGAUUAUAGAAUCAGUUGCCUCCUAUCGAUAUUCAAGCGUGAAUUUGACGAGUCUGACGCGCAAAGUCCAAGUGGUGCCAGCAGCGCCACCGGUGGCAGUACGCCCGCUCCCGGCUCGACUACAGUCGGCUCCGAGGUGGGCAGCGACGAUGCAGCCGCUGUUGAAUCAAUGGCGGCGGCAGCAGCGGCGGCUGCGGCAACCGCCGCUCGUCAGAAGAAUAUCGAUCUGGAGUCAAUUGGCGUGCAGGCCGAAGGCAUCUUCGAUUGCGAGCGAAGCGAUGCAGCCAACCUGGACCUUGAUGGACAGGGUGGACGCACCUUUUUGCGAGUGCUCCUGCACUUGAUUAUGCAUGACUAUGCCCCGCUGGUCUCGGGUGCUUUGCAUUUGCUUUUCAGGCAUUUCAGUCAACGGCAGGAAGUACUGCAGGCUUUUAGGCAGGUGCAACUGCUCGUAUCUGAUAGUGAUGUGGAAUCGUAUAAACAAAUCAAAUCCGACUUGGACAUUCUGCGCCAAAGCGUCGAGAAAUCCGAGCUGUGGGUCUACAAGGCCAAAGCCACAGACGAGCUGGGGGGCACAGAUAAUGCCGGAGAUACCGCAAACUUGGAAUACGGUGCCGCCUUAUCGCCCGAACAGCGCAACGAGUACCGCAAGGUCAAGGAAAUUCUUAUGCGCAUGAACAAAUUUUGCGUAACUGCAGGUCCCAUAGUCAGGCCCCGAAAACAUGAACAACGUCUGCUGCGUAACGUGGGGGUCCACACAGUUGUUCUCGACUUACUACAAAAUCCCUACGACGAAAAGGACGAUGUGCUAAUGAAGGAGCUUAUGUGCUUGGCUCAUGAAUUCCUACAAAACUUUUGCCUAGGCAAUCAACAGAAUCAAGUCCUCUUGCACAACCAUUUAGACCUGUUCCUGAAUCCAGGAAUACUUGAGGCGAAGACCGUGUGUGCCAUUUUUAAGGAUAAUCUGGCACUCUGCAAUGAGGUCACUGACAAGGUGGUGCAACAUUUUGUCCACUGCAUUGAGAUACACGGACGUCAUGUGGCCUAUUUGCAGUUUUUGCAAACGAUCGUGAAGGCAGAGAACCAAUUCAUUCGGAAGUGCCAGGACAUGGUCAUGCAGGAGCUCAUCAACGCCGGAGAAGACGUCCUUGUGUUCUACAAUGACAAGACUUCGUUCAACCAUUUUGUGCAAAUGAUGCAGCAGAACAAGCGACAGCCUCUGAGCGACGAUAAUCCACUGAAGUAUCAUGUGGAGCUCGUCAAGUUACUGGCUUGCUGCACCAUGGGAAAGAAUGUUUAUACGGAAAUUAAAUGCAAUAACUUACUCUCGCUAGACGAUAUCCGGACGAUAAUCUGUCAUCCGGACUGCAUAGCUGAAGUAAAGGAAUCUUAUGUGGACUUCCUGAAUCAUUGCUAUAUCGAUACGGAGGUGGAGAUGAAAGAAAUCUAUACAUCGAGUCACAUGUGGACUUUGUUUGAGAAUAGCUUUCUAGUGGACAUCAAUCGGCUGAUUGACAAUGUGGUGGCCAGCACGGAUAAGACACUGUUGAAUUACGUGCUCAAUGGCGUGACCAACAUACUGAGCACCUUCUUCUCAAGUCCAUUUUCCGAUCAGAGCACGAUCGUACAAUCGCGUCAGUUGAUCUUCGUGCAGCUUCUGCAAGCCACCUAUCGUCUUACGCAAUGCAAAUGGCUGUCUCUGGCCGAUCGCUUCAAUGUCGAGAACUGCAUACGCACCCUGACGGAAUCGGCAAAAAUGCGAAGCAUUGCCAUACCCCAGGAUCUGGAGCAGCAGGUCGCCAAUAUGUCCAGUAAGACGGCCAUGCUAACGCGGCAGACCACUAAGUGGCUACUGGCCUCCAAGCAGCCCAAAUACGAGACUCAGCAGUCGGCCAGCUUGAUGCGUUGGGAUCGCUCGAUAAUCGAGGGCUUGCAGGACAUUGUCUCACUGCUGGAAGAUCAGCUGAAACCGGUUGUCGAAGCAGAACUCUCACUGCUCGUCGACAUACUGUAUCGAUCGGAGCUACUCUUUCCCGCUGGCACCGAGGCACGCAAGCGUUGUGAGAGUGGCGGCUUCAUACGCAAGCUGAUAAAGCAUACGGAGAAGUUGCUCGAGGAGAAGGAGGAGAAGAUGUGCGUCAAGGUGUUGCGCACGCUGCGCGAAAUGAUGGCCAUCGAUGUGAAUUACGGCGAAAAGGGUGAUGCUUUGCGUCAGACACUGCUGCUUCGCUAUUUCCAAUGCAAGAGCUCCACGUCCUCCUCCCCAACAUUGACACAUGGAGUCGGAGCGCUUCGUUCUUUGGAAGGUGUGGCAGCCGCGGCAGCUGCCGGUGUAGCCGGCAGUGGCUCGGCAACGGCCACAGCGGAGCAGCAGAAGCAGGUGCAUCUCGUCACCCAUGGUCCGGGUGCCAAGUAUUUACAACGUGCUGGCAAAACGCUCCAUGAGGUGCAAAAUCACUUGGAUCGGGAGGGCGCCUCCGAUUUGGUGGUGGAACUGGUAAUCAAGUCUGUGCAUUCCCCCAAUAUAUUUGUGGAGGCUGUGGAGCUGGGCAUUGCUCUGCUCGAGGGCGGCAACCCCAUCAUACAGAAGGGCAUGUUCCAAAAGUUCCUCAGCGAUGAUCUAAAUCAGGCCUUUUUCAAGGUGUUCUUUGAGAAAAUGAAGGAUGCCCAGCAGGAAAUCAAAUCUACGGUAUCCGUUAAUACGACCGAUAUUGCAGCCAAGGCUCAUGAGAAUAAGCAGGAUGUCAAUUUGGAACUGGACAAAAUAUCGCGCAAGCAUGGACUGAAGAGCAAUGGAGUGAUUAUUACGGAUGAACUGAAGCGGGAGCUCCAUAAUGCGGGUCUCGAAACCGCACGAGCCUAUGGGAAUGCACGUAACAUUCACUCCGGCGAGGAGAGUUCAGCUGUUAGCGUAAACAGUCCCCUGGAAGAUAUACUAGCCGAGAAGCUGGAGAAGCACAAGGAUAGCAAAGAGGAUCGCAAUAAGCUAUCCAAUAAAGUUCUGGUCAUGCAGCCAAUUUUGCGCUUCCUGCAACUACUCUGCGAGAAUCACAAUCCCGACCUGCAAAAUCUCUUACGCAAUCAAAACAAUAAGACCAACAACAACUUGGUGUCGGAAACUCUGAUGUUUCUCGAUUGCAUUUGUGGUUCCACCACCGGCGGCUUAGGCUUGCUUGGCCUCUACAUCAAUGAGAACAAUGUGGCGCUCAUUAAUCAAACCCUUGAAACACUCACGGAGUACUGUCAAGGACCCUGUCAUGAGAAUCAAAACUGCAUAGCGACGCACGAAUCAAAUGGUCUGGACAUUAUAACCGCCCUGAUUCUCAAUAACAUAAAUCCGCUGGGUGAGAACCGCAUGGAUCUGGUACUGGAGCUUAAGAACAAUGCCUCCAAGCUCCUGCUGGCCAUCAUGGAGAGUCGAGGCGACAGCGAAAAUGCCGAACGAAUACUCUACAAUAUGAAUCCGAAGCAACUGGUCGAGGUGGCAUGCAAAGCUUAUCAUCAGGAAGAAAUGAUUGAUGAGAACGAUGAGCCGGAUGAGACGGAUACGACGGACGAUGAUGACGAUGUGUCGGUUAGUCCUCGGGAGGUGGGGCACAACAUUUACAUACUCUGCCAUCAACUGGCACAGCACAAUAAAGAACUCGCCGCACUGCUCAAGGCAUCCGAGGAUCCACAUUCGGCCAGUUUCGAUGCCAAAACGAGUCAGGCUCUGAUGUAUUAUGCCACGCACACGGCUCAGAUUGAGAUCGUUCGCAACGACCGCACAUUGGAGCAAAUUGUAUUUCCCAUACCGGAAAUUUGUGAGUACCUGACGACAGACACGAAAUUCAAAAUACUUAACACUGCAGAGCGGGACGAUCAGGGGUCCAAGGUGGCCGAUUUCUUUGAGAAAGCCGAGGAAAUGUUCAAUGAAAUGAAAUGGCAAAAAAAAUUAAGAAGUCAACCGCUGCUCUUCUGGAUCAGCAGUUACAUGUCGUUAUGGAGCAAUAUACUGUUUAACUGUGUGGUAUUCAUAAACAUGAUUGUGGCAUUCUUUUACCCGUUUGAUAAUUCAGUGCCGGAACUCAGUCCGCAUUUCUCACUUCUCUUUUGGGCCAUUCUUAUAUUUUCGUUGGUCUUUGUAAUCACAUUACCGCGCAAAUCCUGCAUACUUGCUUUAAUCGGGUCCAUAAUAUUUCGUUCCAACUAUUUGCUGGGUCCCCAGUCCACGUUGUGUUUACUGGGAGUUGUCACAGUCGCACUUAAGAGCGUACAUAUUGUGAGCAUUAUGGGGAACAAGGGAACCUUGGAGAAACGUUUCUUAAAGAUUAUCACCGACGUGCAGUUGCUCUACCACUGCAUUUACAUUGCAUUCUGCUUUUGUGGUUUGAUAUUUCAUCCAUUUUUUUACUCCCUAUUGCUCUUCGAUGUAGUGUACCGGGAGGAGACUCUGGUCAAUGUCAUAAGAUCGGUCACACGCAACGGACGCUCUAUCGUUUUAACCGCCGUUCUCGCCUUGAUUCUGGUCUAUCUGUUUUCAAUCAUUGGCUAUAUGUUCUUUAAAGAUGAUUUUCUGGUAUCUGUCGACUAUGAGGAGCAGGAACCGAUCACUCCCCUCCCCAUUACAAUCUCAGUGCCUGCAGGAGAGGGCUAUUGUGAUACACCCGACGAACUCGGCGGCUGUUCGUCCGAUAAUAACGGCAACAACAAGGAGCUUGGAUCAAGUAAUGGCGGCGGUGAGGCAAAGGAACGCUCCUGCGAUUCUCUCAUCAUGUGCAUUGUGACUACUCUAAAUCAGGGUUUACGAAAUGGAGGUGGCAUUGGCGAUAUUUUGCGGGCACCCUCAAGCAAGGAGGGCCUCUUCGCGGCGCGAGUUAUUUAUGAUUUACUGUUCUUCUUCAUUGUCAUUAUUAUCGUCCUGAAUCUAAUUUUCGGUGUCAUUAUUGACACCUUUGCCGAUUUGAGAAGCGAAAAACAGCAAAAGGAGGCAAUUUUGAAGACCACCUGCUUCAUUUGCUCACUAAAUCGGUCAGCGUUUGAUAAUAAGACGGUCAGCUUUGAGGAACACAUCAAGAGCGAACAUAACAUGUGGCACUAUUUGUACUUCAUCGUGUUGGUCAAAGUUAAGGAUCCGACCGAGUUCACUGGACCCGAGAGCUAUGUAUACGCUAUGGUGAAGGCGGUAAUUUUGGACUGGUUCCCACGUUUGCGCGCCAUGUCCCUAGCAGCCGUUGAUGCAGAUGGCGAGCAAAUUGAGCUACGCAGUAUGCAGGCACAGCUCCUGGAGACGCAGUCCUUGGUAAAGAAUCUUUCAGCGCAAUUGCACGAACUUAAGGAUCACAUGACGGAGCAGCGCAAACAGAAGCAACGCUUAGGCUUGCUCAAUACCACGGCAAAUAAUCUAUUGCCCUUUCAAUAGAAAAUGGUUUUUUCAUCCUGAAUGAAUAGUCGAAAUUUUACAAUAUUACAUUCCUUAUAUACAUAUUCCGUAGCUGCUGCACUAUUGACAAAAUUUUCACGGAUUAAUCUUGAAAUCUCAGUAGGAGGUCCCUCUUUAAAACCUGAACAGUCAUAUGAUCCUAAUUCAUUUAGCAGAAAAAAGAAACGAUUCUAAAUAUAACCUUCAAUAUUCCAUAAAAUCGAACAAAUGUCAUUAAAAUGUCUUAACACAAAAAGGAGGGACCGUGUUUUGUAUAUUACAUUAAUAAUAUUUUUGAAUUUGAAUUACAAAAUCUUGCUCAAAAUAGAAAAAAGUCUAACAUGCAAUAUAUGAACCAUUUGACUCGACUAUUUCCGGACAAAUCACACUACAAAUAUAGGAGAACUCACUCAGAGAAUCUAGGGCUGUUAACACAUUUUCACAAUUAAAGCAAGUCUAUUCCAUCCCUUGUUAUAAUUUUGAAUUUCUAUAUCCAGUUUUGCAUUAGUUAGCUGAGGCUUUUCAGUACAUUGCUGCGGAGUUGAUAUUUAAAGGGUAUACCCCCUAGGACAAUUAAAAUUGAGCGCUUAGGAAGCUCGGUAAUAGUCAGCAAUAUACUCGUAUGUACUAUCAUUAUGACUAAAUAAUUUUCUUCACCGUCAUUUGUUACUUAUUUGUUAAUUGUUAAUAAAAAAUAUUAUGUAGGUACAAAUAUUCUCAACGUUUCUAAAACAGCAAUAUAGUUUCCAAUUAAAAAGUAAUACAAUCAAAACUAAUACAUUUGUGUGAUGACCUUUCCUAUUUGCUUUGUUUACUUUUUUUAAGAUAGCAUAUAAUGUAUAUCCUAAGAACAACUAAACUAAGUUUAAGUUAAACUUGAUACU